CUCUUUCCCUACCCUAAGGCAUUCUUUGAACAGAUGUACAGUACAUAUGUCUCUAAAGAGACUUUCUCUUGGGGCCGCCCAUGACAAGUCUAUAGAAUAGAUACUCUCUGUCUCAAGGAAUUCCCCAUCAACAAAGGUCGGGGAUUUCAUGGAAUCUGUAAGGCAGGCUUUCACUCUUUCCAGGGCAAGCUCUCUUCAAAAACUUUCCUUUCCGGAAAUCUGACCUGGCUGAAGCAGCGGCUAUCGGAGUCAGGCUUAGGGCCCGUUCUUCUCUACUUUUUAAACAGAAUUUUACAAUAAAAAGUCCUUUUCUCUUAAAAGCAAGGAAGAACGACCAUCGUUUCAGAAUUUUUUCCACCAUCAAAGAAGUGUUUUUUGGCUGAUGGAGAAGUUAAAAAUUUCAACUUUUCUUCAGCCAAAAGUCCGUUUGGCUGAUAAUUUCCCAUUUUAACCUGUCUUCUCCCCCCCCCCCCCCCAAAAAAAAGUUUCUCUUCUCUGGUUCUUUGGAGCUUCCUAGAAGGUACGCUUCCUAGAAGUAAUUCGUAGUCUUUUUCUCUGUUUCUGAAAUUUCACUUCCCCAAUUCACAACUCUAACAUGUUUCUCUAAUCAGACUUCAAUCCAGGUUUUUUUUUCUUUUCUUUUUCCUUGUGCGGAAUGUAAUUUUAUUUUCUCUCUUCUGUUUGGUUGUGGAGGAAAAAAAAAGGGGCAUGUGACGGACUUUUUAGAAAUCUUUUGUUCUCUGGUUUUCUUUCCUUAUUUAAAAAAAUAGUUGUUGAUUUUGAUUGGUUGCUAUUGUUUAUUCCCCUCCGAAAAUUUUCUUCUCUUUGACAAUGUUCUCUUCAUCCUGUUCCAUUUCCAACUUAUAACUUCACAUAUUUAUAUUGCAUUUCUUUGGUAUUGACGAUGAGGGUGUUCUUAAUUUCUCGGGGCAUUGAAGAAGACAUAGAAGACAUUUAGAAUGAAAAAUGAGUUAUUUAGAAUUGGAAUUGAGAAUGUUCAUUAGAUUUGAGGAAAAUGGUGGAAGGGAAGAAAGAGGUUAAAGGAGAUGGUUCUAUGCCGUUUGUUACUUUUGUGUCCCUGGAUAAUGUGAUUUCUUGUGAGAGAGAAAGUUAAGAAACUUCAGUUUUCUGCAGUUAAGUUUCUUCUAAGUACUAAGUAGGAGAAAAGAAGGAAAAAAAAAUCUCAUUUUUGUAUUCAUCCUGUUCUAAGUCCAACUUAUAGCUUUACAUAUUUUAUUGCUUUGCUUUGGUAUUGACAAUUAGGAAGUUCUUAAUUUUUGAAGCAAACAUUUAGAAUGAAAAUGAGUUAUUUAGAACUGAAAUUGAGAAGUUUUGUAGAUUUUUGAAAAUUGGAGGAAGGGAAGAAAAGAUUUAAAUGAGAUAUGUUAUUCUGUACUGUUGUUACUAUCUUUUAUAUCCCCAGUUAAUGUAGUAUUUGGUGAGAAAGAAAAUGGAAAAACUUAAAUUUUCCACUGUUAAGUUCCUUCUUAGUUCUAAGUAGGAGAAAAGAAGGGACUUCCUAUGUUUUCAUGUCAACUUUUCACAGUUGUAUUGUUUGCUGUGGUUUUGACCUUAGCAAGUUUUUAUCUUUGAUUGGUGCAAAUGCAUGGAUGAUUGAGAGGAAGUUAUAGCAAACAAUGUUUGACUCGAUAUGGGUUUUACUGGUGAAUAUACCAGAGGUGUUUGGGACUUUCUAUGUUUUCAUGUCUGCUUUUGAGUCAUUUUUAUAAAGUGUAUGUCUUUGAAACCCAUUGAAUUGAUUGAAGCUGCCUUUUAUUUGUUUAAAGAAGAAAUUGUGAGAACUCCAAUGAUAUAUGCAUCUAUAGGACUAGGUUUUUCUUGUGCUGCCAUAGCUACUUGGAUUUUGCUUCUAUGUACAAAUAGAAAAUGCAGGAACCCUAAUUGUAGAGGUCUUAGGAAAGCAGCUGAAUUCGAUAUCCAAUUGGAAACCGAAGAGUGUGUUAAGAACUCCAACACUUUGGUUAAACAUGGUGCUAAAAGAGGGCUCUUCGAGUUGCUCCCGGAUCAUCAUAAGGAAUUAGAAACCGAGUUAAAGAAGAUGGCGCCUGUUAAUGGAAGAGCAGUGCUCGUGUUUCAAGCUCGAUGUGGAUGUUCUGUUGGUAGAUUGGAAGUUCCGGGGCCGAAGAAGCAAAGAAAGGUCAAGAAGUAGGAUUUGAUAAAAACAUGAAUUAAAAGCAAAUACAGAAAACUAGUCAUAAUGCAGAGAGAAGAGUGCCUUCUCUGAUAUUCCGGACUUAUUUUAUCGGAUAUCUUCCUGGCAGAGCUAGUUCUUCUUUGGUUUAAACUAUGAAAUUUGAUUUUGGAACCGGAAUUCAAAAACGAGGUUAUAACAUCAGCAGAGUUCCACCCUGCCCACUGUAAUAUGCUAGCAUAUAGUAGUUCAAAGGGCUCAAUUCGCCUCAUUGAUUUGCGGCAAUCAGCUUUGUGUGAUUCUCAUGCCAAAUUGCAAGUGUUUUACCGUUUUUAGUUUCUUUUUGUUGAAUUUAUUGAGAUUUGCGCCAAAAAUUGAACUAUUGUUAUUAUCCUAAAGUUUAGAUUUAAACAAAAUAUGUUUUGUGAAAGUGAGGCUAUUUCAUGUAUUUGGUGAGUUUUUAGAGAAUCAUAUCUCUUUACUCAUAUUUAGAUAUGUAUUGGACGCAAGUAAGAUAUAUUUCAGUUUCAGUUAAGUUGUGCUUUAUACAA